GUACAUAUGUUUUGACUGAUUGUGGUUGGAGGCUGCAUCAACAGAGUGAGCAACGAAAGGGUUAAAAAAUAAGGUCACCGUUUUACGCGGCUCAUCAUGUGAGGACAGCGGAUUUGAGGGGGACAUGGAAGACCUGGGCGGCUCCUGGUCGGAGCUCGGGUCGCCUUUGCAGGCAGCAGAAGCGGCCAACGCGAGCUGGACUCGGGGAGCGGGACUCGUGCUGUCCGGGCGGACACGGCUGUUCCUGGAGAUCCUCAUGGUGCUGAUGUGUGUGGGAGCUGUGACAGGUAAUAUUCUAGUCAUUGUUAUUGUGGCUGCAAACAAGACUUUCCACUCUGUGACGUCAGUGCUGAUCAUGAACCUGGCCAUCAGUGACCUCCUGGUGGGCGUCGGAGUCAUGCCUUUUGUUGCUCUAUCCAUCAUGAACCGUGGAUGGGUGGACUGCACUGACCUCUGUUCGUACGUGGGUUACACCUCCUCUGUGUAUUGCACAGCUUCUGUACUGACACUAGCUGCUAUUGCUCUUGACCGCUACCACUCCAUCAUGGAUUGCCUGCGUUAUAGCUCUCGCUGCACCCUGUGGAGGACCUGUGCUGUGGUCCUCUGGAUCUGGUUGCAGGCUCUGGCCACCAGUUGCCCUCCCCUGCUGGGUUGGAGCUCCAUCAGUUUUGUGGAUCCCAUGUACAGCUGUGCAGUCAACUGGGCCAGCAGCCCUAGCUACACAGCUUUCAUGGCUGCCCUCUCCUACCUCAUACCUGCAGUGGUCAUCCUCUUCUGCUACGUGAACAUUGUCAAGGUGGCACGCAGCCACGCCAGGAGGAUUCAUACAUUGGAGGACUCUGUCCAGCGAAGCAGGAAUCCAAAUUCUGCCUUCGCUCCUGGUGAUUCACCUCACCAGCACUGUGGGAGUCUCCACAGCCCCUCCAGACUGAUCUAUCACUUAAGUGGACAGUUUGUGUCUGAGGUCUGUAGAGAAGAAGGAAAUGAUAUCGGACAUGCUCUUCCUAAUUCUGCUCCAGAGCAGAGUAACCCUACGCCCAGACGUUUGUUCUCCUCCCAGCCACCCUUGCAGAACUCCCAGCAGCACCAUAACCACCACGGAGUGGUGCGUCUCUUCCUGGUCAUAUCAGCUUUCUUCUUCUGCUGGACACCUUACAUAGGCGUGGCUCUUGUCCAGGCCACAGAAACUGCGAUUUCAGGCCAAACCAGCCUCGUCCCAUCCUUUGCUGUUACCUUUUCGUACUGGUUGGUGUUGCUGAACUCUGACAUCAACCCUCUUCUGUACGCUCUGCUUAGCAAGCGUUUCCAGGGUGCUCUUCAGGGACUGAGGCAAAAAAUUAGAGCGCGCCUGGGGAGUGUGGUGGGCAGAGGAGGAGAGGCCAGGGCCGAAGGAGAUGAUGGCAAGACCAGCGACCCCUGCACUCUGAACACCACCAAUCCUGGUCCACCUUCCAGCUCUGAGAGUUCAGCCUGUGAUGACUCCAAGUAUUCUGCAUCAAUUUUUACUGUCAGCGCUGACUUCAAGCAUCAUUCUGAGGCGCAUCUAUGCAAAGUGUGUCACCCUGAAAGUGUCUCCUCGUCUUCAGUGUGGCCAGAUGCAGGUGGUGACAGGAGGGUGGACUGCUUGCAGGUUCCCUCUCGGCCACAGGAGGGCAGCAGAUUGCCUUUCUCUGCUCUGACCAAGGAGCGACAGGCUACUUUUUUCUACGGACAGAUAACAGUCAGAGUGGAGCAUGAUGUUUGUUAAUUGUUCUUCUGCAGCAUUUCAUUAUCAUUUUCAUUAUUGGUUAACCUAUUAUUUUAUUAAUUAACUGAUGGUCCAUUAAAUGACAGGAAAUAGUCCAAAAAAAUGUCCAUCAGAAUACCCCAAAGCCCAAAUUAAAUAAAACAGCAGAUGUCCACAUUUGAG